GUGCCGCUGUUCAAAGUGCCACACGUUCGCCGGCAUUCAACAAAGAUAAAUAUUUUACUUUGUUGGUACUGGAUGACCACAAUACAGACUGGUCGAAAUAUUUCCGUGGUAAACGUUUACAUGGCGAUUAUGAUAUACGUGUCGAACAAGCUGAAUUUAGGGAUAUCACUUUACAUGCUAGUGCUGAAUCUGGUCCCGUCGUAACAAUGGAAGUUUAUAGAGGUGAUUCAAGGAUUCCUCGCAUGUUUCGACCAGAUUUUGUACUCAUACGUCAACCACCGCGUGAUGGAUCCAACGAUUAUCGUUCAACAAUUUUGGGCUUGAAAUAUGGAGGAGUGCCUAGUAUUAAUUCAUUGCAUUCCAUCUAUCAAUUCCAGGAUAAACCUUGGGUUUUCGCUCAUUUGCAACAACUACAACGUCGCAUGGGCAAAGAUGCUUUUCCUUUAAUCGAACAAUCAUUCUUUCCUUCAGCCAAAUAUUUGCUAAAUUGGACAAAAUUCCCGUGUGUUUUGAAGGCAGGCCAUUGUCAUGGCGGUAUGGCUACGGCACGUUUUGAAAAUCAAAUGGGUCUGCAAGAUGCAGCCGGCCUUGUAACUGGCACCGGUUUUGAAGGCCAUUGCUAUUGCACUAUUGAACCAUACAUUGAUGCAAAGUUCGAUGUGCACAUUCAAAAGAUUGGCAACAAUUACAAGGCAUUUAUGCGCAAAUCUAUUACUGGUAAUUGGAAAACUAAUCAGGGUUCAGCCAUGCUGGAGCAAAUUACCCUAACUGAAAAAUACAAAACCUGGGUAGAUGAGAUCUCUGAACUCUUUGGUGGCAUGGAAGUGUGCGGUGUCUCCGUUGUUGUGGGCAAAGAUGGUCGCGAGUAUAUAAUCAAAGCCUCAGACAGCACCUUUGCUUUGAUGGGAGAUUCUCAAGAAGAUGAUCGCAGACAAAUUGCUGAUCUAGUUACUUCACGCAUGCAGAAUGUCUGUCGCCCAGGCAUGAAUCAGCAAACAACUGGAGGUAACUAUGGUAAAUUACCCUCACGCUCAUCGGUGUCUUCUCGUGGCCAAAGUCCUACCGAUGAAAUGGGUCCUCCACCCAUAGCACCCACUGGACCAAGGCCAGCUCCCAUGGGCGGUCCACCACCAAUACCCGAACGCACUUCACCAGCUGUCGGCUCUAUUGGACGUCUCAGCAGCCGCAGCAGUAUUUCCGAAGUGCCCGAAGAGAAUGGUGCUUCUACCACUAGUGCACCGGCUGGUGGUCUGCCACGACGUGAUUCUCAAACAUCACAGGCUUCAAAUAUUUCAUCGGCUUCCAGGAGCACUCAACGUCCUCCGCAAACUCAGAGUUCAGUAGUUGAGGAUGCGGAGGACACCAUGAAGAACCUUAGAAAGACCUUUGCGGGCAUAUUUGGUGACAUGUAGGAAUUAGCCAACAAAAAACGCGGAAGAACAGCGAGCGAAUCGGGUCAUAGCAUGACUGGUGAGAGCGGUAGUGGCAGUGCCCCCACCACAGGCGUAGGUGGCAUAAGCGUCAGUGGACUCACCAGUGCCGGUAGCUCGUUCUUGGGCAAACAAUUCUCGUUUACAUCUGGCAAAUCGAGCACUUCUGCCUCUUCGGGUCUAGGUGAUUCUGUGAUCUCCACACAACCCUCUCCGAAACCCGCCGAGAAACCGGUUGAUGCUCGAUCGGACACCUCGUCCACUUCCACACUGACCGCCGGCAGUGUUAGUUCCAGCAGCAAGCCCUCUUCCAGCGUUUUAGACACCUACGAUCAAGAGUCUAAAUACAAACCAGUCACCAAUUUUGAACCACAAGAGCGUGUCAAUCCCUUCGAUAAGGGAGCCAUGAAAACCAGCACGACCACCACAACCAUUGGAGGUGUGUCCACCACAUCUUCAUCUUCGAUUUCUUCGUCAUCUAUUUCUUCGCGUAUAAAUGCUCGUACGGACAGUACUUUUAAAUCGCCGCCACCACCAUCUAGACCACCGCCACCACCUCCUCAAAAUGCCUCGAUUGCUACCAACUCCAGUACCACCUAUCAGAGUUCGACUGCUUCUAACAAGGACAAGACCAGCUAUAUCUAUGGCAGUUCCACUUCCAUCGAAACCAUAACACGCAUGGACACUACCACGGCUACCGGUAAUACGGUAAGCAAUGCCACAGCCUCCACCAGCCUGGGCCAGAGCAGUCAGGGUACGGCAAACACCAAAUUAAGAAAUGAUACAGCAAACACCACCACAGACUGGAGAACUGCUAUAACAGCUCCAUUGAAUACUGGCACCCGCUCGGCCAGUGUCUACAGUGCACCAGCUGCGGUCACCGUACCAGCUACCGGCAGCGAAGAUACUCAAUCUACUGCGGCCGCUUCGAAUGGUUAUAAUGCCGCUACGGACUUGCCGUCGUACACACGACCCUCGUACUCAAGAUCCGAAAGCAAUGGUUCCAACAACUUGAAUAAAAGCUCAGAUUUGGAUAUAAUAUUUGGCGAUAGCCAGCCUGCCUUGGGCAAUGGCAAAUUUACCCGUUCUGGCGGUUCACUCUCCGAUGCUGAAUUGAUUUUCGGCACUCCUAGUUCCGCCUACAAGACCGAUCGUUUUGGUACUUCCAAGAGUAUGAGUGUAACAUCUGAUCGCAGCAGCAGUUAUGGCCAACCGAAUAGCAGUGCUAACAACUAUAAAAUCUAUGAGGGCAUACAAAAUGCUGCCUUUAGUGAUUUUAGUGAUGCUAAGAAAACCGACAGCCAGAGCAGUAUACCAGCGUAUAACAGUUGGAGAAAUAGCAACAAACAUUUAGAGGAAGAAGAUGAUUUAGAUUUAAAAUAAACAUACAAAUAUUAAACAUAAAAAAAUAGUUUAAAAACAAAAAGAAAGAAAUGUUACACAAACCAAUAUUAAGCGUAUUUAAAAGUAAAGAAAAUUAAUUAAAAUAAUGUUUUAUUGUUACUGUUAAUGUCAUUAAUAAUAAUUACAAGCGAAAAAAUACAUACAUAAACAUAGACAUCUCUAUUAUGCAUAUACAUACUUACACUAAUAUAUUUAAAAGAGUAAACAAUAACAACUACCAAGCAAACAGAGUAAAAGCAACACUUAAGCACUAAUGCUAAAACAGCCAAAAGCAAAGAGUAAUGCACUCACGUACAACUAAAAGCAGAAAUAAAGAGAACUCAUUGUGCAACUUAACUACUACUGUUUGCUGGUUAAAAGAGAGUUUUAUUUACUUUUUUAUAUACUCUCUUUCUCUCUCACUCACUCACUCUCUCUCUACCCCUCGAACUCAUACGGAAGCAACUACUCAUCGCCUCUAAAGUUUCCUGGUUUCAUGAAACAUUUGUUCAUGCAAAAAUACUUAAACUUUAUGUUUUGUUAUAUCUUGAGUUAAUAACUUAACAAAUAUUUAUGUAUAUGUAUUAAUUAUUUAAAUAUAAAUAACAUAAUAAUUUAAUUAAUUGUUGAUGAAUAACGACAAAAACAACUUAGUUAAAUAUUGCACUUUAUAAUUGUUAUACAAUAGUGAAAAAAAAAUAUAAUUAAUUAAUAAAAAAAAGAAACAUAAAACGUUAAGGAUUUUAUAUUUUAUUAUAUAAAAUCCUGGCUUAAAUAAUGGGAAUCAUUGUGCUAAAUAAGAAGAAAAUAAAGCGUUCUUUAAAGAAGCAACUUAAACUAAAUGUUGGCUUAAACAAAAACCCCCAAGCGCUUAACACAAUUAAGGCGACAAGCAACAAAAACGCAAAGAAAAACUUUUUUCGAAAACUUUAAAAUUUUAACUAUGUUUCAAUGUUCAAAUUCUCUUAAUCCGAAAAAAUAUCUCCUCUCCAUUUUAUGCCCAUUUUCUAAAACUAAAUUUAAAUACAAAAUUAGGUUUCUAACAAUUUUGUUGGCCGUUGCUUUAAUUGUGUUUUUAAAUCACCACCAAUAUCAAAAAAAUGUAAACGCACUUAGCUCGAACUGCACAAAAUAAUUAAAUAAUUAAUAAAAAAAAAACUGCGAUAAUUAAGUUGAGCAUUAAAUAUUUUGUGUUUAGCAUUAAAAAAACUAAUAAAAAAUCUAUCCCUGACAAUGUUAUUUUAAACAAAUAAUUAAAUUGAAAUAAAGUGAAACUAAUUUAAAAUAAAUCUUAAUAAAACUUAUAUAUAAUUUAAAAGAAAAACAAUUACCAAGGAAUUCAUAAAAUGUCACAAUAAAUUAAGUAAUAAUUUUCUUAAAAUGGCUUAUUAAAAGUUUAAAUAUAAUUAUCUUAAGUUUAACAGCUAAAUAUGUUAUAAAAAUAGACAUUACAAUACAAUAUAUUCUUUAAUUUAACUAAGAACAAGCAUUUUCUCGAGAAGGUUCUCAAUAGAGUAUCUCGUUUACACAUAAAAUGUUCAGGAACUUCAUAAACUUCAAGGUUUUCUGGUUUAUAGAUAUCUAGGAUUCUUGUUUUUGAAUCAACCUCACAGCUUAAGCUUUAAUCUCAGUUAAAUAAUAAGUUUGACAAGUUUGCCAUCGAACUUUAGAAUCUAAAGAUUUAUUAAUUUAAAGCAUGUCUAACAUUCUUGAUAACAUCCAAGAUUGGCCAGAUUUAUAUUCUAAAUUAUAGAAUACAAAACGUCUGCAAAGCGUUCAAUCUGAGCAAUUACUUAGACGCAAAUAACUUUUCCAUAUUAAGGGUGUAUAUCGCAUAAUUUCAAUCUCAGUAGUCAUAUUAUGGGUCCACAAGUAAGUCUCUUUUUAAAUGCUUGCUAACGGCUAGAAAGCUUUGCACUUUAACAACAAGUAUUCUGUAAAAGCUUUGCCUCAGCAAGAAGACUUGCAUUUUAAGAACAUACACAGUAACUAAAUAGUCCGCAAUGCAUAAAUCUUUAACCCCAAUC